AUGAAGGUGACCAUCAAGGAGUGGAAUGCCGUCGCCACUUGGCGUUGGGAUAUUCCCGAGGACGAUGUUUGCGGUAUCUGCCAGGUCCAUUUUGACGGAACAUGUCCGUUGUGCAGAUACCCGGGUGAUGACUGCGCACUAUUAUCCGGCAAGUGCGGACACAACUUCCACAUGCACUGUAUCAUGGAGUGGAUUAAACAGGAGACCUCGCGAAAACAGUGUCCCAUGUGUCGACAGCCAUUCGAACGGGUUGAUCAGAAUAAGGAGACGACGCCGCCUCGCACAGACUAA